CACGAGGAAGAAUAGACGCGAAGAUGGAGAACGUUGCUGUUUUGGUGGAGCUGCUGCUUUUUAUCUGGCGUUUAUUGCGUACUAAUAUGCUUACUAAUAUGCGUAAUUUGCGUACUAAUAUGCAAGAUGUGGAGAGAAGGCUUCAAGCGGCGACGGAGGACGCCAUCGUGAAGCACAAGAGAGUGCUGGAAGCCAUAGAGUCCUACGAGGAGGAAGAUCACCGGAGGAGUAGGAAACGUGCUCGCAUGAUUGCUGUACUUCAUCGCCGCAAACCGUCGGUCUGGAAGUUCAACAGAACCUCGGAGUGGUGGGAUACUAUUGUUCCCGGCUUCUCGCGCCAGCAGUGGGUGGAUAACUUUAGGAUGUCCGAGGAAACGUACAACUUCCUCUGCAACAAGUUACGCCCUGCCAUGGAGCGCCAGGACACGACUUUCCGUGAGUGUGUUCCCCUAAAAAAGAGGGUUGCUGUUGCACUCUGGAAGCUCGCCACCGGCUCUGAGUAUCGGAGCAUCGGACACCUUUUUGGAGUCAGCAUCACCACUGUGUGCACGUGUGUGCAGGACUUUUGUAAAGCAGUGGACAUGUUGCUGUUGCCAGAACAAAUCCGUUUCCCCGAUGAGAGGAGGUUACGACAAAUCGCUGCCUACAAUGAGAGUAGGUGGGGGAUGCCACAUUGCGUGGGUGCUAUUGAUGGUUCACACAUACCAAUCAUUGCACCAAAGGACUACCACAAUGAUUACUUCAACAGGAAAGGCUGGCACUCAAUAAUCCUACAAGGUGUGGUAGAUGGAAAAGGGCUGUUCUGGAACGUCUUUGCUGGACCGGCCGGGAGCACGCAUGAUGCUAGGGUCCUGAGGUUGUCAAACCUGUGGGAACUAGCCAGCCGAGAAAACCUCUUCCCAGCUAAUUUCAGGAACAUUGGUGGAACAAAUGUUGGCUACUACAUCCUUGGGGACUCUGCAUAUCCUUUGCAGAAAUGGCUCAUGAAACCAUUCCAUGACACCGGAAGGCUCACAGUGGACCAGAAAACAUUCAACUACAAAUUCAGUCGUGCACGGGUGGUUGUGGAAAAUGCUUUUGGCAGACUGAAGGGGAGGUGGCGUUGCCUCCUGAAAAGGAACGAUUCGGACAUCAAGCUAGUGAAAGCUAUGGUGCUGGCAUGUUGUGCUCUCCAUAACCUGUGUGAAGGUCAUGGGGAGACCUAUGAGAAUUCAUGGGAUGUACCUGCGGCUGCAGCAGCACCUGUGGAAGCGGCGGCGCAGGGGUCAGAGGGGGAGCAGGGGGGGGCAGGUGUCAGAGAUGCUUUAAUGCGUUACUUGGCCACCAGCUAAGUUUUAAAAUGUU